AUAUUUAACUCUUAUUUUUAUGUGUAAAAUAAACAUCACUUCUCCUUUGUAAGAGUGAUAUCUCUCACUCACAAAAACCAAUCUCAGCCUCACAGCGCCAUUAUCAUUUUUGAAGUACCCAAUCAACUUAAUGACAAUGCAAUCGCAUCUUCUGGUGGGACCCAUCUCAAUCGCUGCUCAUGCUACUGCCGCCGUUGAUUCUAACUCUAACUACCUCUCCGCCGCGCCUCGCCGCCGUAGAUAUCUACUCGUCUCAGCAGCUUCAUCCUCUUCAACUUCAGCAAUCAACGGCGGUGGCGACCACUACACCUUACUCGGCGUCGCUCGUUCUGCCGACGCUGUUGAAAUCAAACGUGCUUAUCGCCUCCUCGCUCGCAAGUAUCAUCCUGAUGUUAGCAAGGAUUCACAUGCUUCUGAAUUGUUCAAGAGUAUCCGUCAUGCUUAUGAAGUACUAUCCGAUGAAACAACGAGAAUUCAGUAUGAUCGAGAACUUCAAUCCAGUCACAAGCCAUACCAAGAAAAAUGGAGUUACAGCACUGAAUUUGAAGAUGAUGUAAGAAGCUAUCGAUGGGCUUACAUGAGGAAGAAAAUGCGUAGUGAAAGAUACCGGGAGUAUUACAAUAUCAACGAGGAUUACUACAGCAGUGAAACAGAUGAGAAGGAAGAGGAAGAAAAUUUAAAUGAAGAAAGAGGUUCAUUUAUCGAAGUCAUUAGAUCAGCAUUCUUGUCAUUAUUAUUAUUCCAAACAUUAGGAUCCCAACUCUCCCUUACAUUUAGCAGUCUGACAGCAUUGUUUGAUAGGAAAUUAGAUGCCGGCUACAAAGUUGGUUAUGUAAUUGCAUGGAUUUUGGGCGGGAGGGGUGGCGUAAUAUUAACAUUGUUCUUAUCAUUUGCAAGUUGGGUUUUUGGGAAAACCAGUAGUAGUGUGGUUGCAUUGUUUAUGGUAGCUAUGUGGGUUGGCUCUUCCCUUUCAAGUUACGCACCACUUCCCCAGGGUGCUCUGUUAACACUUAUCUACAUGUCCAUUAAGCUGCAAUCUGACCAAAUAUAAAGGUCAUGUCUUUGCUAGUAUUUCUUUUUUCUGAUUUGUAUUAUGUCAAUUUUCUUUUCUUUUUUUUAAUUGUAAAUAUGUUUGUACAUUAUAACACAUUUCUGUAAAUAAAUGCAAGCCAUUUGCUGAUGAUAAAUAAUAAAGUGUGAUAUGGUUAUAAGAUGGAA